CAACGAAAUCAAUCUCUAAAAGUGAUUCGUACCCAGUUUAAGGAAGAGGUUUCGAGAAUGGAGAAUGUUGUGGCUCGAGAUGGAGAUGAAGAACUCUCUCUAUUCCUGGAGUUGCGAAGGCGCGAGAAGGUUCAAGGCGUUUCUUCUCUUCCAGAACCUGGACCAAACAGUAUUGACAAGAGUACCACAAAGAGUUUAGUGUCAACAACAACGAGAUGUGUUCAGCUGCGUAGGAGCGCGGUUGAGAAGUUCUUGGACUCCGAGAACAACAAAUCAGAUUAUGAGUGGUUGCUUGCGGCUCCAGAUACACUAGUUGAGAAAGAAGCGCAGGAGAACUCCAUGGUUAAACUCAAGCAGCCUAAAGCUAGGUCCACUGCUCUAAAACCACGGGUCGAAAACAUCCCACAAGAACCUGUGACAUGGAGCGUCAAGGCUUCCAAGCAAUUCCCAAGACGAAAUUCUUCAAGUGCUAUUAGCAAAAUAGCCAAAACCAUUGCAGAACCAAAACCAAACAGUAAGCCGUCAAGACAAGCCACACCAACUUCACGAACCACAUUGUCUUCCACAAAACAAACCAACUCUGCUCGGAAUUCAAAUCUAGAUAGUAGAACCUCUUCAAUCAAAUCCAAUCCACGAGCACCUGCCUCUACCCGUUCUUCCUCGGUGGGAAAGUCAGUUCCUAGUGCUAAGCCUACAUCGUUAACAAUCCGUGAAAUACCGGCUAGACCUGUCUCAACCUCAAGAGCCAGAGCCUACAGUUCUGGUGACAGAUCAAUGGGACGGUCCAAGAUUAGCAAUGAUGUGAAUCCUGUUUUGCUGGGGACUCAAAUGGUGGAAAGAGUUGUGAACAUGAGGAAACUGCCACCUCCAAAACAUGACGGUAACAUGAGCUCAGGAGGCUUCGGGAGAAAUCUCUCUAGGUCGUCUCUCGACAUGGCUUUGAGACACAUGAACAUAAGGCGUCGCAUUUCGAGGAAUCUGCGGGUAACAACAAGUGCUCCAACAAAUGCUAUGGACAAGAACGAGCCAUUGCCAUCCUCUUGAUACCAUAAUUAAGGAGCGUUGGCUCUUUAUGGGCGACUCGGUUUCAUAAGAGCCAAACGGUUAUACCACUAUUACUUGAAUGAGAUGGAUACUUUUCGGCUUAAGCUCUUUGUUCCCUAAGCCUCGUGUUCCUCACAUAGCCUCUCAAGAGCAAACCCAGCAGAUUUUUACUGGAUGGCCCGGCCAAUUCCUUUUUCAUACUGAAUCCUAAGGCAAUGGGAUAUUAAAUAGAAUGUUGUUUUUGCUUCUACGUAUUCCGGAUACUGAACAUAAUAAUUAGACUAUUGAUUAAAUCUU